GCCCCUACACGGAAGAAAUAAAUUCCCCUUAGAACUCUUAUUCCUCCGCCGGAGUCUUCUCUCGUCGACGAGCGUCGCCCCCCUUCCUCCUCCUACCGGAGUAGCGUGGAGUGGAGAUCCAUCCGGACUUCGAUUGCUUCCUUAUUUUGUUGGUCCAAAUCAUGGGGAAAUUUAUGCAUGGACAGCCACUGAUAUCUCAUAGUGGUGUAAGUCGACAUCACUAUAGUCUUGCAGCUGUUGCUGUUGGCUUGGGAAUAGGAGUUGCUGGGUUAUGCAAGGUACUGCAUAGCGGUUUGGCCAUACCAUGGGUUUCUCCGAGGAAGUUCUUUUCGGGGACACAGGAAGUUUACUACGUUGGAGGUCUACGAAAUCUUGGCAACAAUUGCUUUCUUAAUGUUAUCCUGCAGGCACUUGCUAGCUGUGAUUGUUUUGUUUCCUUUCUAGAUAAUUUGAUCGGGACUGAUGACUUGCUACCUGAGGAAAAGACUGAAAGAAUGCCUCUUAUCUUUGCUCUAAGUUCCCUAUUGGAAGAGUUGAGCAUAGUGCGAGAUGAAAGAGUUGUAUUGAAUCCACAAGGAGUAAUGCAUGCUCUGAGUUUAUAUGUUAGUCACUUCAAUUUGACCAGACAGCAGGAUGCUUCCGAAGCUUUUCUUCAUCUUCUGAUCUCACUGAGGGAUGAAUUUUCCUGUUGUUAUGUACCACAUAGUUCUCUGGCAGACAUCACCCUGUCUCACUCCAAAGUAUACAAUCAAAGGGAAGGUAACCAGCCUGAAUGCAAGCGCUGGAAACAAAAUCUAUUUGGCCCCUUUGAUGGGACUAUUGGCAGCAUCUUGUCUUGCAGAAAUUGCUCGUCUGUGCUGUCAUUGGACUUUGAGAAUUUUCACUGCUUGCCUCUCUCACCAGUGCUUAAUACAAAUGGAGAUAUUAUCAGUGGGUGUAGUUUGGUGGAUUGCCUGAAGUACUUCACUGUGGUGGAGCAUCUUGACAAUUAUCGCUGUGAUCGGUGUUGGCAUAUUGCUGCUGCCAAAUAUCUAUCGCAUAAAUCAGAAGUUGAUGAGGAAAAAGUUGACAAACUUCACAACUGUGUCGACUAUGGCACUUGCAGUUGCAGGCAUAUGUUUUCCCCAGGGGAAAUAUUAUGUUCGGCAUCUUCACAAGGAACGAAGCAGUUGAUUAUCAGUCAGUGCCCGAAGAUUUUGUGCAUUCAUUUGCUACGUGCUUCAGUCAGUCUUGAUGGUGAACCCGUCAAGCAUCAGGGGCAUAUUUCUUUUCCUUUACUUCUCAAUCUAUCCCCAUUUGCGGGGGGUACAUUGAGCACUGGACAAGGAUUUGGACCUUUGGCAAUGAACGCGCAUAGAGAUGGCCAGCAAGCUCUCCAUCUGUAUCGGCAACUCAAUAUGCGGAUGCCCUUGAAUGUGUUACCUACUGGUGGGAACCUAUCAAGUCAGCCGUGUAAGGAAGAAGGAACAAACAAUAGUGGUGGCUCAAUUUAUGUGGGAAACAUUCAUGUGGCUAAUAGUUCGUCAUCUUCAUCACCACCGCUGCCAUUGCCAUCAUCAUCAAGGAGCAAGUUAUAUGGUCUCUCAGCCGUGGUGGAGCACUAUGGGAAAUGCGGAGGAGGGCAUUACGCUGUUUACAAGGGAAUAACAUCGAAUUCUAAUGCUAAUGAUCCAGGGCGACCUCCUGCAGGUCUUGGCAAGCGGUGGUUUUACAUCUCAGAUGGUCACGUAUCGCAAGUUUCAGAGGAUGAUGUUUUGGGUGCGGAGGCCACCCUCCUUUUCUAUGAAAGAUUGUAGAAACUUGUUGAGUAGCAGAUAUACUCGGAGAUGCAUCAUAGAAAUUGUAGGGCAAUUUUUUUUCCAAGAGUCUGUUUUUUCAUUUGAGCAAAUUUUGUUGGGUGGAGAACAAAUUAGGCCUUGUUUCGUGAUAUUGUAAGCGGCAAUCCACAGAUUGUGUAAUUUUUUUCCCCAACAACAACAGAGUCUUUGUACAAAGCUAAGUUAGGGUAGAUAAGAGAUGAAAUCUAUAAUAUUCAAUUAAAAAGAUGAUAAUAUAAGAUACUAGCAAUAGUAAAAAAUAAAGUAGUAACGGUAAAAAAGACUAAAGUGUAAGUUAUGAUUUUGAUAUAUGUAUUUGCUAACUUUUAUA